AUGGAACCACCCUUCACUUCACCCUACGCCGUUGGCAAGAAGAUCGAUCUGCUAAUUCACGGCGGUAUUACCGCCAGGGCAACGAUUCUUCACGUCUACGAGCCCUUCAAUUCCGCUUGCACGAUGAACCUCUUGUUUGAUUCUGAUCUUACCUAUCUCGGCAUACAAGGAAAGGUUGUUCUGAAACUUUUCGACCGAAGAUAUGCAACUACGCUCCGUCGUACUUCUGGCACCAUUCCAUGGUCACCAGCCUUUGAGACUCGCUAUGCUCGCAUGAUUACGGAUGGUACCCCGGCUGUAGUUCAGUCACACCUGAUCAAGCGGCUCAAGGCCUUUGACAAUAACCCUAAUGAUCCUCGUCCCAGGGACCGCGUCGCACAUGAAAAUUGCUUCCAGGUCUUUUGCGAAGUUGCCUUCUGUGGCCAGAUGCGAAACUUGUUUGAUAGGGAGCUCGAGGUGUACAGACUGCUCCAGCCACUGCAGGGCUCUGAAAUCCCUCGACUCAUCGGACCUGUGACGGUAAUCGAGCAGCAGGAAUUCCCGCGUCCUACCAACCCACAAUGUCUGGAGACUCCCGGCCUCCUCUUGCGGUACAUUGAGGGAUUUCCCCUUGCUGAGUUCCCACGCCACACGCCAAUGAAACUAUGGCCAGCUAUUAUCGAAGAGACAACUCGGACAGUGCAAAAGAUUAUGGAUUAUGGCGUCACGCCUGAGGCAAUAAGCCCGGAGAAUAUCAUCGUCGAGGUAGGAGUUGAGCCUGAGCUUCGCAUCAAGAUCCGUUUCUGCAAUUUCACGAAGUACAAGCUUCGGAGAGAGUUUGCAGAUGAGGUUGAGAUGCUUACGGCUCAACUUGCCUUCAUGGAGGCCCUGUCACCGGUCUUCACAUACACACUCGGUUGA